CCCCCAACCUCUUCUACAUCCCAUACUGAUUAAUACCUCAGUCCUAGCAAGCAGUCCUCCCAUACAAUCCCUGUUCCUUUCUCUAUCCUUGAGUUAUCACGACCAUGCCUCCUUUGCCUCCCGCCGAGAAGCUUCCCCUUCCUGCCAAGAAGAACGUCCGUGACGAAUGGGAACAAAACAAGCCAGAGGUAGAGCAACAGAUUUCGGACACCUUUGGAACGCCCUGGACCAUCGAAAUUGAUCCCCUAACUCUCUAUCCGUACGCCGAGGAGGGUUCCUUCGGCAACCACUCUCCAGGAAUCAUGAUCUUCCAAUAUGCUGACCACGUACCACGCCCGGUUUGCUCUGUGUGAAUUUAUCUCCGCCAAUGGAGAGGGUAUGAAGGAUGAGAUCAACAACAUAGUCUCGUCCCAUAUCAUCACCAUGGACUUCACAGAGGAUAAGAGCAUCGUCUAUGGAAGCUGUGAGGUCUCUGAGGACGGGAAGUUAGUCAUCCUCUUUACCGAGGGCAAUCUUGGUGUAAACAUCAGCGAUUCCCUGGAUUGACGGUAGCAGCGCCCUGGCCGUGGCACUACUUAUUGUAUGAGGCCCCUGCGUUGCCCG